ACCCUCGUCAGUCCCAGUCCUCUCCUCCCUGGUCAUAUGAACAGACGUACCCGUCCUACCUGAGUCCCAUGGCUUCCCCCUCAGUCCACUCAACCACCCCCCUCUCCUCCAGCCGAGGCACGGGCCUGCCUGCCAUCAGCGACGUGCCUCGACGCUUGCCAGGUUCCUCCGACCUGAGCCCCUUCCCCGGUCAGUUUGAGCGUCAGUUCCCGGGCCUGUCCUCCCUCACAGAGACUCGUUUUCCCAGCCCUCGGAUGCACUACCCGGCUACCUUCACCUACACCCCGCCCGUCACCUCCGCCAUGUCGCUGGGCAGCACCCACUACCACACCUACCUUCCCCCUCCUUACCCGGGCUCCACCCAGAGCCAGAGCGGACCCUUUCAGACCAGCAGCACUCCCUAUCUCUACUACGGGGCCUCGUCCGGCUCCUACCAGUUCUCUAUGGUUCCUGGCGGGGAUCGCUCACCCUCCCGCAUGAUCCCGCCGUGCACUAGCGCCUCCACGGGCACCUCCCUGGUGAACCCCAACCUGCCCAGCCAGACAGAGGGAGGCGUGGACGGCGACGGGAGCCACAGCAACUCCCCGACGGUUCUCAACCCCGGAGGCCGCAUGGAUGAAGCCGUCUGGAGGCCAUAUUGAAGAAGAGCAGGGGGCGGAGACUGGAAGUCAGCUGAGGUCAUGGUUUGAAAGCACAAAACCUUUUUUUAUUGAAAAGGGGAUUUUGGAGCUCUCAUCAGCUAUCUCUACCUUUUGCUUGGAAAUUAAGGUUGAGAUAAAAAAAGACCAGACUUGUACGGACUUGUCUUCCUGGAAUGUGUUUUGACCAAGGCACUACAAAGGGAGUCAUUCUCACAGCAAUAAUGAGAAAGACAGUUUGGUUUACUAGGCCCCAGUGGAUGAGACAUUAUUUCACUUUUCUUAUAAUCCACAAGCUAAGGGAUGCUUCAACAAUAUUUGUAGGAGACUGCCUUUUUUUGUAUAGUGUUUGUAUUUCAAUAAGGCUUUUUGCAGAGCAUGUUUUUGUACUACGACAAUAUCAAGAUGCAAGUUACGCACUGAGUAGCAAGUGAUGAGAGUAACACAUAUGUUACCUUAAGCGGUAUGGACAGUAAAUUUGCUUUAAAUCAAUUAAUUUAACUUGUAUAUUGUGGGUGAAGCGAUGUAGAUUAAGACGUUUUUCCUAGUUUUAACUUAUAAAGCCAUAAAUUAUGUAUUGUAUUUGAAACUUGAGGCAAAGAAGUGUAAUCUGAAUAUUUUUGAUGCAUCUAUAUGAUUAAGUUAAAAUGAUUUUUUUUUCUUUUGAUAGGUAAUUUAAGAGAGUGAGAGGUCUAAUUUUUUUGUAGUACCCAAAGAUUUAAAUUGUUUCAAAUAUGAAAUGUAAUUUCCAAAGAGUAUUGCAACAUGUUUCUUCUGGUGUAACUUUCAGUUUAACUGCUCCGCAAGUUAAGAGCCUGACAUCCUCGCUAGGCGUUGACACACAUUUGGCUCGGAAUUAAACCUUCGGUAUUUAUUGAGCAAUAACUCGUAUUGUGCCUCUUGGCAACAUACCAUGAAAGAGCGCUUCACUGGGGGGAAAAUAAUUAUCCGUUGGGGGAAAGUCUGCUUGGUUUCUGUAGUUUGUCUAGUCUGACAUGCACUCAUAUACAUAUGUAUUUUCUUAUCCAAAUAAGAAAUGGUGCUUUUAUGCACAAUUUGACACGGAGCCUGAAGAUGAUGAUGAUUGCAGCUCCAUGUCUGGUGGUACGCUCCGAGGCAGCAGGUCAGACUUUUUAAGGUUCAGUUAGUUUGUGAUACAUGAAAUCCUCAGGACGGGAGAAAUCCUCGUGUGAUCGGUCAAGAUCGCAGGGGGAAACACGCCAAGUCUAUUAUCGCUUUCAUAUCAUGUGCAGAAGAUGGCUUUGAAAAAGUUUGUCUUAGUGUGUGACACACAUGGGUACUUUGUCCUCCUCUCUCUGUCUUUAAGAUUGAAAAGGAGACAUCACAGUUAAAGACUAAAGAGACUGUGACAUUCCUUCAGGCGUUUAUUUAUUCCAGUGUUUUAGCUUUUGUUGACAUGAUUUACCCAAAUAACAUUUGUACAAACCUCACCAACCAACCAGUGUCACAAUCGAAAAUCUCCGUGGCACCAGGAUGAGUGGGAGGUCUGAUAUUUUCCAAUCUGAAAUUUCUUUUUUUUCUAAAAGUAAAACGUGCAAAAACCGAGGUGAUUGGAUGCAGCUGCUGGCAGCAAACUGGUAACCGAAAAAUAUGGGAGACUUGUGUAUGUUUGUUUCAUAAAGCACUUAUUUCUUGUUUUAUUUCUAGCAGCACUUGUGGCCGGCUGCCAGCGGGGCUCGUGGUUUUUGGUGCUCUCUGCCGAUAUAAUGCCACUGGAGUCACACACACACACGCAGAAUGGAUAACACUUGGCCAAACAAGCCAUUUACAUUGGACCAGAAUCUGAUCUCACAAGGCAGUUGGUAUUUGUUUAAAAAAAGAAAACCUUUUUUUUCCUUUCAUGCAAUCUGAUAUUCAGUGCAUAUAGGUAAUAUAAUAACCCAAUUUGAAAAAGCUGAGAAAAACAUGGCCCUGUCCAAGGAUCAGACUUCAAGCUUUUCAUUGAAGGUUUGCACGCAGUGCCUCUUUCCCCGUCUCUGCAGAGGAUGUUCUGAACUCACUUAAUGGAAUUGAACAUGUCACACUACAUUUCCCCGACUGCUGCAGUCCAAAAAAACGAAAAGUAUUUUUGCUGGUACAGUGUAACAUAAGAAAGCAAAUAAAAAACCUUUAGAUUGUUGUGAUUUUACAGCUUUAUUUUCCAAAUACAAAUUCAUCCAGUGUCUCCAUAGUAACUGCACAUUUGUUGCAGAUUCUAUCCAAAUUUUGAACAGGAAAUGGUCUUUUAAAAACUGUUUACAUGCCACCGCAGCACUGACAUCCCAUUCUGUCCUCAUGUGCUUUUAUUUGUUGUUUUUUUCUUCUUCCUCAGAAAAUAAGACGCUCAUCCUUUCCUUUCCUUUGGUGUAAUGUUGCAUACAUCAGAGAUCUUGUAUUAUUUAAUGAUCACCAUGUAUGAUAUCCAGGCUCGUAUGUAAAGUUUUCUUCUUGUUGUCUCUUGUUAUGCUUCUUCUCUCAUGAACGCUUGUCAGGAAACUGAGACUAAUUGAGACGCCAUUAGACUUUGCUGGUACGUUUCAUCAAAGAUCAUCAAGUGAUUUUGUUGUUUUUGUUGUUUUUUUUAAGGGACAAACAGACCUGACAACAGUGAGUGAAAUUGGCAUUGUGAUUGUACAUUUUUGUUUAUUUUAAGAAUAAAAUAGGAAUUUUGUAACUUA